CAACCAGAGCAGUGACGGUAGCAACGGCCGGAAUGGUGAGCACCUUCGGGGCCCUCUAGCCCAGACGGAGAGGCGAUGGCAAAAGCAACAACAAUCAAAGAAGCCCUAGCCAGAUGGGAAGAGAAAACCAGUCAGAAGCCAUCCGAAGCCAAAGAGAUAAAGCUUUAUGCCCAGAUUCCCCCUAUAGAGAAAAUGGAUGCAUCUUUGUCCACUCUUGGUAACUGCGAGAAACUUUCACUGUCUACAAACUGCAUUGAAAAAAUUGCCAACCUGAAUGGCCUAAAAAACUUAAGGAUAUUGUCUUUAGGAAGAAACAACAUAAAGAAUUUAAAUGGACUGGAAGCAGUAGGAGAUACUUUGGAAGAACUGUGGAUCUCCUACAAUUUCAUUGAGAAGUUGAAAGGGAUCCAUGUAAUGAAGAAACUGAAGAUUCUGUACAUGUCUAAUAACCUGGUGAAAGAAUGGGCGGAAUUUGUGAAGCUAGCUGAGUUGCCAUCCUUGGAAGAUCUCGUGUUUGUAGGCAAUCCCUUGGAAGAGAAACAUUCUGCUGAGGGCAACUGGAUUGAAGAGGCCUCUAAGAGAGUGCCCAGACUGAAAAAGCUAGAUGGUACUCCAGUAAUUAAGGAGGAGGAGGAGGAAGAAAACUAACACCAUAUUUUACACUUUGUGUUAACUUAUUUAAAUGUUAUACGAACAAUAGAUAAGUUUUUAUAUUAUUGUUUAUUUCAAAGAUAACUGUGUGGGGCAGACAGUCCUUCUCAUAUCUUCCGUUCCACUUUUCCCUCUGGCUUUCUCAUAUUCUUAGCCUUAGUGAUUCUCCUCCAAAAUGAUGGCACCAAUUUUAUAUAUUCUAGUCCUCUUUUUAGAAACUUCAAAUUUUAAAUUGUUAUCGUUAGUCCCAGUUAUGUGCAGUAUGAUCCCUAUCUACUGAAACCCUAUCUAGAUGUAUUAACAACAAAGGAACAAGUGUGGUUCUUUGUUCAGUUUGUAUAGUUUCUGUAGGCCAGGCAUUUAAGAAUACUUACAGUUGAAUCUACAGAGCAUCUUACUGGAGGUUCAUACCUUUAUGACUCAGAAGCACAAAUGGGUCCUGCCUUUGGCUCCAGAGACAACAUGAUGGCAGGAAGAAUUCCUCUGUAGCAGCAGCCCAGAA